UUGGUCACGGUUACCACGGCUGAGGAGCCCUUGCGUUCUCAGUCAGGCCAACAGCUGUGGGCUCCAUAGCAACCGCACAUAAACAUUUGUGUUUAUUCAUUUAACUGGCGCCUACAGUCAAGGCGAUUUACAAUGUUAAGGACAGUAUACUAAGUGCCUUGAUCUGUUUGUACCGCAGUCAGCCGGCGAGGGCUCAUCCAGCGCGCUACCCGCUGCCCCCUGGUACCAUGAGUUACUCCAGCGCCAGACCCCCCAGUUCCAACAGCUUCUCUUCUACCUCAUCAACAAGCACCCUGGAAGAUGAGAACAGCAGCCUUAGACAGCAGAAGCUGGAAAAGCAGAGGGCGUUGCUGGAGCAGAAGCAGCGGCGGAAGAGGCAGGAGCCUCUGAUGGUGCAGCCCAACCCCGAGGCACGGCCCCGGCGCUCCCGGGUGCGCCGCAAUGAGGAACAAGCCCCCCUGGUGGAGUCGCGGCACAGCAACACCAGCGAUAUCAUUCUGGAUGGUAUCGAUGGGCCAGCGGCGUUCCUGAACUCAGAGACCUCUGAUCUGGUCAACAAGGUCCAGAUCCUGUCUGUCAGUCAGCCGCAGUCCCCUGUGGCAGAGGAACCAGACGGGGAUGGGGACACGGAGCAGCUGCUGGAGACCAAGACGGACGUCCACGAGCUGUUGAAGAGGCAAGUAGCGCGGGACACCCCUCACAGCCCCGCCGAGCACAGCUCCUCCCCUGCUCUGUCCGUCCAGGAGCAGGUGGACGAGGGGCAGGAGAAGGCUCCCGCGGAAGCUGCACAGCGCCCCCUGUCUGCCAGGGAGAAACUGCUCCAAUCAGGGCUCUCUGGCAGCCUGAAGUACGACGAGGCCAGUGAUGAUGAGGAGGAGGAGGAGGAGGAGGAGGAAGACCGUGCCCAGUCCCAGUCUCCAAGCACAGAGACUCCCCGACCUGCGUCUGCCUCCAGUGCCAAGUCCAACACUGAAUGCACAGACCCUGGGUCCCCCACUGCGGAGGCCCUCGCCAUCGAGGUGGACAACCUGGAGGAGUUUGUGCUGCAACCCGCACCCCGUGGAGUGACGGUGAAAUGCCGCAUUACACGAGACAAAAAGGGCAUGGACCGCGGCUUGUACCCCACCUACUUCAUGCACAUGGAGAAGGAGGACGGCAGGAGGGUGUUCUUGCUCGCGGGAAGGAAGAGGAAGAAGAGCAAGACGUCCAAUUAUCUGAUCUCGGUGGACGCGACGGACCUGUCCCGUGAGGGCGAGAGCUUUGUUGGGAAACUGAGGUCCAAUCUGAUGGGGACCAGGUUCACAGUGUAUGACAAUGGCAUCAACCCCAACAAGAACCCUGGGUCUCUGCUCGAGGAGUCCAACAGGCGGCAGGAACUGGCCGCCAUCUGCUAUGAAACCAAUGUUCUGGGAUUUAAAGGUCCCCGCAAGAUGACCGUGAUCAUCCCAGGCAUGAAUAUGAACUUUGAGCGGGUCCCAGUGCGACCAACCAGUGAGCAGGAGAGCCUGCUGUCCAAGUGGCAGAACCGUGCCCUGGACAGCCUCAUCGAGCUGCACAACAAAGCCCCGGUAUGGAAUGACGACACGCAGUCUUACGUGCUCAACUUCCACGGCCGCGUCACGCAGGCGUCUGUCAAGAACUUUCAGAUCGUCCACGACAACGACCCGGACUACAUCGUGAUGCAGUUUGGCCGUGUGGCGGAGGACAUUUUCACCCUGGACUACAACUACCCGAUGUGUGCCCUGCAGGCCUUUGCCAUUGGCCUGUCCAGUUUCGACAGCAAGCUGGCCUGUGAAUGAGGACGACCCAGCUUGCCUUUAGCAUCCCGUGUCCCCUCCACCAUAGCACCCUGUCUGGUGUCCUCUGGCCCAGCCCCACAAACUUAUGACUUUCCCUUGAAAUAAACCCUCUCCUGCAAAGCCCUUCCCCUGGUUUCCUUUUUACCCCAGGGCCUUCUGUUGGCAGUGACACUCCAGUUUGCUACUGUGGUCAUCAUGAGCCCUUGUGUUCAGUCUGCUGCAUGCAACUCAAAAAGGGACUUGUAAUUAUAAUGAGAGGAUGGAGACAUUCGCAUCCAUAUUUUUUGUAGAAAAAUUAAAAACAAGUAAAAAUGAUGGUAAUGAGGGGUAAGCUGUCUAAUCAUUAUGCCUCUUGUGAAAUGUCAACCUUGAACUUAAAUAUUGUUUUCUUAUGUUUUCUGUGUUUCUGUGGUGUCAGCUGUGUCAGCUGGCAUGUUUCUCUACAUGGUCUUCAUACGAGCAGAAAGAAAACCUGAACACUGCUGCUUCAGUGUCUGGGCUGUUUUGGCCGUGGGUUUGAAUCUAGCUCAGUUUGUGUGGAGUUUGCAUGUUCUCGUGUUCACGUGGGUUUUCUCCAGGUGCUCUG